GGGGGAGGAAAAAGGUGUGUGCUGCCUCUACUCUCCGCCCCGGCGGGGUUCCAGCGCAGCUCCGUGUUUGCGCUCCAGCUGCGUAAAAGCCGCUGCGCUCCGCUCGGAAAUGUAGCUUUUUUUUGCGCACAAAGCGGUCUCCAAAAUGGACCUAAAAUCCGAACUUCUCAAGUCCAUCUGGUACGCUUUCACCUCGCUGGACGUGGAGAGGUGCGGGAAAGUGUCCAAGUCGCAGUUGAAGGUGCUUUCUCACAACCUGUACACAGUGCUGAACAUCCCACACGACCCUGUGGCCCUGGAGGAGCACUUCCAGGAUGAUGACGAUGGGCCGGUUUCAAAUCAUGGAUACAUGCCCUACCUAAAUAAAUACAUCCUGAAUAAGGUAAAGGAGGGGAUGUUUGAUAAAGAGAAGUUUGAUGACUUGUGCUGGAUGAUGACCAUGAAGAAGAACUUCAACAAGUCUCUGCAGGGCUCGCUGCUGUCCGAGAGAGACUGCUUCAAGCUGUUUUGUCUAUUCAACCUCCUGUCAGAGGAUCGCUAUCCACUGGUGAUGAUCACCGAGGAGGUAGAGUAUCUUCUGAAGAAACUUUGCACAGCAAUGAGCCAGGAGUGGGAUGAAAAGCCAUUGGAGGACCUUAUAUCCCAGGAUCCUACUGUGCUGGAGGAGGGAAUGUCAGUAUGGAGCUUUCUGGAGCACAUGAGAACGGGUCGACUGCUGAGGGUCACCAGCACUGAGGCUUUAAGCUUGGCUUUGAACGAGGUGUUCCUGGAGAUGUAUCACAACGUCCUAAAGAGGGGUUACAUGUGGAAGAAGGGGCACGUGCGGAGGAACUGGACCGAGCGCUGGUUUGUGUUGAAGCCCUCCUCUAUGGCUUACUAUGCUAGCGAGGACCUAAAGGACAAGAAAGGGGAAAUCCAGCUGGAUAAGAGCUGUGUCGUAGAGCCCAUUCCGGACAGGGAAGGAAAGCGCUGUUUGUUCUGUGUGAAAACGCACAACAAAACCUAUGAGAUGAGUGCGUCUGACCAGAAGCAGAAGGUGGAGUGGACACAAGCGGUUCAAAGAGCCCUUCGUCUUCAGCAUGAAGGAAAAUCCUUCCUUCAUCAUGAUUUAAAGUUAAAGAGACGAGUUCAGCGGGAAAAUAGCACCCGUGAGCGCAGCCGGAGUAGCCGGAGUAGCCGGAGCAGCCAAUCAGACGACUCCAACAUCCAGGAGGUGGACCGGAUGGAGAAAGACAAACAGGAUUUAGAGAUCGAAAACAUCAUCCAGCAUGCACGGGAAUUAGAAAUUCGCAGAAGGGAGGCAGAGGAGAGUGAGAGAAGGAAACAGAAGGAGGUGCAGAUGGAGCUGGAGAGACAACUUAAAGAGGCUGAAGUGAUGAGAGAAAGCCUACAGGCCGAGAUGCAGAAGAAGGAAAAGAAGGCUGAGCAGCAAAAGAGAAGGAUCCAGGAGUUGGAGCUGACGCAGGAGAAACUGGAGGCUGCUCUUGACAUCGAGAUCCAGGCUCGGAUGGAGGAGGAGAGAGCCAGACAGGAGUUGGAGAGGUUGCUGGAGGCUGAGGACGAGAAGAAGAGGCAGUUUCGGCUCCUCCAGGAGCAGCAGGGGUUUCUGCAGAGGCAGGAGGCCUCAAACGGCAGACCUAGUGAAUCCACCCCAUCAGCACUUUACUCAGCCUCUCUGGAGCUUCAGCAUUUACAAGCAUCUCGUCAGAGGAGUCAUCAGCACCUGGAGGAGAUGCAGGAGAGGCUGAGAAAUGCCACCCAGCAUGUGAGACACUGGAAUGUCCAGCUGAACCGCCUGAUGACUCCCAUCACUCCUGCAGAGCGUUUGGAAAGUCGGCUUCUGUCGCAAAACAUUUGUCCCAAAAAGGAAGGAGCGCUGGCCAGCACCGAGUUCAUCUCUAAAUAUAAAAUAAGACACGAUCGCAGCAACAGGAUAGGAGGAGAUGAAAUGGAGAAACUGGAGGAGCGGAUGGAGGCCGCCCACAUGUCAGAUGAAGCAGACUGUUAGGCGUUUUAUUGUUUUUCAGCAUUUUUAAAUACCUGAAACAGAAUGACUCAAGAUAAAUUUAUAAUAUACAUCUACAGUUAAAGAAAUUGAAAGAUGAUUCAUGGUAGGUUUCCUGGGGUUGCAGACGACUCGCGAGGGAAACCCAAGAGAAGGUUGUAAUCAAAUGGACUAAAAAUUAAUUAACUAUUCAAUGUGCUCUAAACAAGAAAACGUUGUAUCAUAUUUAUAUUUGAAUUGUGUGCUAAGAUGCAGUUUAAUUUUAUUAAAACCAUUAAAAAACCAUUAAAGAAAGCCACAUCUAAUGGUGGAUUAUAUCA